AUGGACUCGUGGAGCGAUUCCCAGCUGAAGCGGAUGGAGGUUGGAGGAAAUUCCGCCUGGAACGAUUUCCUUGACCGAUAUGCCGAUGCGACUGAGACGGCGACGAUAGCGAAGAGAUACGCGUCGCCUGCUGCGCAGUACUACCGGGAAAAGCUGGACGUGCUUGUGGCUGGUCGAGUGUGGACCCCUCCUCCUGGUCUGACGCCUAAGCAAAAGACAGUGGCGCGCUCUACCCUACCAGCUGCAUCCCGAGCCUCGUCCGCCGUGUCGAGAACCAGCAGAAGAUGCACCGCUCCUCCCGCACGAGCCGUCGCCUCGCAAAGUUGGGAUGACUGGGGCGAGGGCUGGGGUACCGUUGGCGCUAACUCUUGA